AUGGAGUCGGUGGUUUUCCAGCCUUGUUAUGGCAUCUGGGUGAUGAUGAUAAUACUUGCUGCUGCUGCUGCUGCCCCCGUCGUCCAUUCCAGACCAGACCCUCCACCCCAAAUUGCCCCGACUUCUCCCGUCCUUAAUCAUGGAGAUGAUGCUUCCAAUUCAAAGGCUCUUCUUUCUCCAGGGGUCCAAGUGGGAAGUGAAAAUCACCACCCUAUGGAUUCCAACCGGAAGUUGGUAGUGGCCCUCAUUGUGGCUUCCACUGCCCUGGGAACCAUCAUAUUCUUCAUGUUGUUCUUCUGGAUUUACCUCAGGAAAAAGAUUAGGAAUGCACAUAAAUCCCAAACCGAUAGUUUACAAGGCUCAGAAGGGCUUGCAUUUGGUUCAUUUGGGGCUAAAUAUAAUUCCCUGAAAGGCAGCUAUUGCAGAAGGAGAUCUGUAAGUAUAAUGGACUACAAGUCACUUGAAACAGCAACAGGUAACUUCAAGGACAGCCAUAUUCUGGGAGAAGGAGGGUUUGGAUGUGUAUACAAGGCCCAAUUUGAGGAUAAUCAGUUUUCAGCAGUUAAAAGAUUAGAUGGAGGAACUCAGGAUGCCAUCAGAGAAUUUGAGACUGAGGUGGAGUUAUUGAGUCAAAUUCAGCAUCCCAAUAUAAUAUCUCUGUUAGGUUAUUGCAUUCAUGGAGAUACAAGGCUUCUUGUAUAUGAAUUGAUGCAGAGUGGAUCUUUGGAAUCUCAGUUGCAUGGACCUUGUGGUGGAUCAGCACUAACAUGGCAUCGCAGGAUGAAAAUUGCCCUUGAUAUAGCCAGAGGAUUAGAGUUUUUGCAUGAGCACUGCAACCCUCCAGUGAUCCAUAGAGAUCUGAAAUCAUCUAAUAUUCUUCUAGAUUCAAAUUUCAAUGCCAAGUUGUCUGAUUUCGGUCUCGCCAUUGUGGAUGGAGCUCAAAACAAAAACAAUAUCAAGCUGUCUGGGACUCUGGGAUAUGUUGCACCAGAGUACCUUUUAGAUGGCAAAUUGACUGACAAGAGUGAUGUUUAUGCAUUUGGUGUGGUUCUUUUGGAACUACUACUCAGAAGAAAGCCAGUAGAGAAACUCGCACCAGCUCAAUGCCAAUCUAUAGUGACAUGGGCUAUGCCUCAGCUCACAGAUCGAUCAAAGCUUCCUACUAUUGUUGAUCCUGUGAUCAGAGAUACAAUGGAUCUAAAGCACUUAUAUCAGGUAGCCGCUGUCGCAGUGCUUUGUGUGCAGCCUGAACCAAGCUAUAGGCCAUUGAUAACCGACGUGUUGCAUUCCCUUGUACCUCUUGUUCCCAUCGACUUGGGUGGGACUCUGAGAGUUGCUGCCACUCAACAUGCUCCUCCACCGUCCGGACUCUGA